AUGAGUGAGGGAGCUGAGGUCAAUAAGGAGGGUAACAUUGGUUGGACUGCAUUACACCAUGCUGCUUACAAUGGUAAUAUUGAUAUCAUCAAAAAUCUGAUCAGUGAGGGAGCUGAGGUUAAUAAGGAGGAUAAUCAUGGUAGGACUGCAUUACACCGUGCUGCUGAGAGAGGUCGUUUAGAGGUCAUCAAAUAUCUGAUCAGUGAGGGAGCUGAGGUCAACAAGGAGGAUAAUCGUGGUUGGACUGCAUUAUACCAUGCUGCUGAGAAUGGUAAUAUUGAUGUCAUCAAAUAUCUGAUCAGUGAGGGAGCUGAGGUCAAUAAGGAGGGUAAUUAUGGAGGGACUGCAUUACACUGUACUGCUUCCAAUGGUCAUAUUGAGGUCAUCAAAUAUCUGAUGAGUGAGGGAGCUGAGGUCAAUAAGGAGGGUAACAUUGGUUGGACUGCAUUACACCAUGCUGCUGAGAGAGGUCAUUUAGAGGUCAUCAAUUAUCUGAUCAGUGAGGGAGCUGAGGGAGCUGAGGUCAAUAAGGAGGGUAAUUAUGGUGGGACUGCAUUACACUGUACUGCUGAGAAUGGUCAUAUUGAGGUCAUCAAAUAUCUGAUGAGUGAGGGAGCUGAGGUCAAUAAGGAGGGUAACAUUGGUUGGACUGCAUUACACCAUGCUGCUGAGAAUGGUAAUACUGAUGUCAUCAAAUAUCUGAUCAGUGAGGGAGCUGAGGUUAAUAAGGAGGAUAAUCAUGGUAGGACUGCAUUACACCAUGCUGCUGAGAGAGGUCAUUUAGAGGUCAUCAAAUAUCUGAUCAGUGAGGGAGCUGAGGUCGAUAAGGAGGAUAAUUGUGGUAGGACUGCAUUACACUGUACUGCUGAGAAUGGUCAUAUUGAGGUCAUCAAAUAUCUGAUCAGUGAGGGAGCUGAGUUCAAUAAGGAGGGUAAUGAUGGUUGGACUGCAUUACACCGUGCUGCUUCCAAUGGUCAUAUUGAGGUCAUCAAAUAUCUGAUGAGUGAGGGAGCUGAGGUCAAUAAGGAGGAUAAUCAUGGUUGGACUGCAUUAAACCGUGCUGCUGAGAAUGGUCAUAUUGACGUCAUCAAAUAUCUGAUCAGUGAGGGAGCUGAGGUCAAUAAGGAGGAUAAUCGUGGUUGGACUGCAUUAAACCGUGCUGCUCAGAAUGGUCAUAUUGACGUCAUCAAAUAUCUGAUCAGUGAGGGAGCUGAGGUCGAUAAGGAGGAUAAUGGUGGUGGGACUGCAUUACACUGUGCUGCUGAGAAUGGUCAUAUUGACGUCAUCAAAUAUCUGAUCAGUGAGGGAGCUGAGGUCAAUAAGGAGGAUAAUGAUGGUUGGACUGCAUUACACCGUGCUGCGUCCAAUGGUCAUAUUGACAUCAUCAAAUAUCUCAUCAGUGAGAGAGCUGAGGUCAAUAAGGAGGAUAAUGGUGGUGAGAUGAAUCGAAACGCAGAAGAUCAACACGCAUUGCUCCUUAAGGGUGACCCUGUAGAGGUGAAUAAAGCAGACAAUGAAGGGAGAACAGCAUUACACAUCGCCGUUCAGCAUGGUUACAUUGACGUUGUUAAAUUCCUGCUUACAAGUGGAGCACGAAGUGACACAGAAGACAAUCGCGGCCAAACACCCUUACAUCAAUCGUUAACCGUUGGGCGCAGAGACAUUGCUGCUCUGCUUAUCGACCAGUUGAAUGCUAAGAAUGAUUCAGCAGCCAUCCAUCUUGCUGUAAUACACGGACAUACAUCCAUCAUUGAAAAGCUCAUUGCUAAAGGAUCUGAUAUCAAUGCACAGUCUAAUGACGGUCAGACAUGUCUUCAUAAAGCUAUCAAAUUAUGCUACCAAAAGAAAAGGAAUGUUGAAGACACCGAAACACUCAGAAAGGUAUCCGAAGAAUACUACAGUGGCAGGUUAUCUCCUGAAAAGGCAUUGGUGUUCUAUCUCUUAGAAAAUAGAGCCAGGAUUGAUAUCAAGGAUGAAGCAGGUUGCCUACCAAUCCACUAUGCAAAUGAUGAAAUGAUCAGACAGAUGAUAUUGGCAAGGUGA